AUGACAGUGGAAUCUACAGUUCAGCUUCAGGAAAUACAAAAUCUGAAAAGGAAGAUUACAGAAUUGGAAGGAAAGGAAACUCGUAUUGACAUGGAGAAGAUUGCCAAGAAAAAGAAGAUUGAAGAAAAGUACAAGGUAGAAAUUCAAAGCUUGUUGUCAGACCCAACAAUCUUUGAAAUGGAGAUGGAUCUGCCUACAACACAACCAACACAACCAGUUGAAGAGAAAGAAGAAGAAAAGAAAGAAGAAGAGAAGCAACAAGAAGAGAAAGAAGAAGAGAAGAAAAACAGAAACUGCAAUGUAUUAACACAAGAGACAUCUCAGCGCGAUGCCACAAAUCCAAUUCCUGAUCCCCUAAAAGGAAUGAGCCUUCAUGAUUCAAUACCUGUAGGACUCCAUAAUGAGAAAGUGACAAACCAUGAUAUCAAAGAUAUUGUAUGGGACCUGGAACUACCACAAAAUGUUAUUAAGGCCUAUAUCCAAAUAGAGGAGGAGAAAAUAGGGCCCAUGCAGACAUAUAGUCCACAGUACAUGUCUACGUGGACUUGGGCUUACAUGCAAACCUUUCUAGAGCCAAAUUGGCAUAGGGCCCUGUAUGAACACUUACUUGAAAAACUCGGGAAAUGCAAUGUUCUCUUCUUCCUGAUCAUUUCAAGUUCUGAGUUCCAAUUUACACUUCUCACAUUUCACAAAAUUGAACGAAAGUGGAGACACUACAAUCCACUUAGAUCAUUGGGACCUAGAAAAGAAGAAAAGUGCAUUGACAUUGCUCAAAACUUUGUAAGUGGAAUGAAACUGUCUUAA